CGACUGUUUCCUAAUUACUCGACAUUCAUAUGAUUCCCCUGGUAUGAAAAUCAGUGGGGAUGCAAACGCUUGCAUCGAGCUACACUCUGCGCCCAGCUGUGGCGGGGAAUUCACCCAAUUUCGGCCUGGAUAUAUCGAACUGAACGCCCUCAAUAAAUGGAGCUUGGGAGACAUAAACGAUGCUGCCACGGCCUUUGCUGUGUCUCGAUGUGGCGCAUUUUGCAAUAAAUCUGUUCCCCUCAUCAAUCCAGAUCCACUUCCGACAGCCCUGGAAAAAAAUAUGGUCACGUUUUAUGACUAUUUCGGAUAUUAUGGUCACCCUACCAAUAUCAACCUGAGUGCUGGAUGCGUCAAGUUGGACGAGACGAAAGCCCAUCGCUCCAUUCGAACUUACGGUCAAUGUGUGGUCCUUUACGCUUUAGAAGGUUGUAAAGUAACCCGGGGAUACCAUGUUUUGCAAACGGGGGGAAAAUCGAGGGAUUAUUAUGUCCAGAAACUUCUCACUGGCACGAGUCCAUAUUACCCGCUAUCUAUCCGGUUAUGUGGAAAAGACGAGGAGGAAGAUCGGGAUGACUGUGAUGCUGGCAGAUUUUGCUUGACUACCUCAAAUCUCUGGGGGAUCAUAUUGUUUUUAUUUGGUGGAAUGGUUUUAAUUUCCCUGUCAGCCUUGGGAGGAGUUCUGAUUUACAAAUUAUUCGAAAAACAUGCACACCGAGGUAAUACGGCAGGGUUGGAUGUUGUCUAUAAAGCUGAGGUCCCUAAUGUUUAAAGAUUAUUGAACAAAA